UCUGAGGAUUAUAUUUUCCGAUGUUUCGCUGCAUUAUAUAUAUUGCGUUGUCACUGAUGUAAUUAAUAUUCUUUCAAACUUUACAUUUCCUCAAUUCUUCAUAUUAUAAAUCGUUUACAGCACCUACAUCUAUUUAUCUGUCUAUUUAUAUUACAAUUAAUUUAUAUAGCGCCUUUACCAUGCUCACUGAAAAUAUAUGAGAAUCAUCCUAUAAAAAACGUUAUCUGUGUAUGUUAUGCCUACGUAAGACCAUGCACAUGCAUGCUAAAGCCACUGCGAUGACAGCCCGCUAUUUGGCAUGGCGUUUUCCUUUAAGAUGAUGUAAGAGCUUUAUUCCUCAGGAUAAUUUCUCCUGCACUGUGGAAGCAACAGCAGCGGCAGCAGCAGCAGCUGAAGCGCUUAGCUAGUCCUUGGUACCACCCUGCUCGACACUCAGCAGCAUCCUCGACAGGCUUGGCAGAACGAAAGGCGCACGGAAGCGCCCGAGUCACGAGAACUGCGAUUUGCCUUCAGCAGCAACCUGCAGCCAUCGGCACGGCGCUCUCCGGCCAGUGGGGAAGAGGAGGUCAACUUUGCGCAGGCUUGCAGCAGGUUUGAGGAACUACUGGGUCGGAUGCGUUCCAGGUGCGACUGUGUCAUUUAAAGACUCUCUCGCUGAACUUCUCCGAGGGCGGACAGAGCCCUGAAAAUCAACUCUAGGCCGUCGAUCAGCUGUUACAGUUUCAAAGCUGACAGCCCUCCAGUGAUGCUGGAAAUAUUGUUGAUCUAGAAAUUUCAUUUGCUUUAAGAAAUCGCCGCACGCCCAAAGGUGCUUAAAAGUUUGAUUUCAACUUAACGGAAAUCCAGCAUUUUGAAUGAGGGUCUCGGGGGGUACAACUCCUUGUCAUAUAUAUAUAUUUCUUACAUUUGAAGUUAUAAAAAUGUAAAACGACGCUUGUACUUUUAAGUAUACUUUCCUGUCCGUUUUUUACACUGUGGAAUAUUCUGAAAAGAGGUCUUGGAAUGAUAACCGGUUUUUUAGAUAUAAUCAGCUACAUCUUUUAAAGGCACACAUUUGUAAGAAGUUCACUGAAUGAAUCUGGUGCAGUCAAAAUUUUACUUUUCAUGUAUUUAAAACAUCUCCACUUGUGUGUAUGCGCCAGUUUUUCAUAACAAUUUGAUUUGGAAAGAAAAGCUACUGGGUGAUGCACAGCUAAUUAUUAUGAAGAAGCUGAUGUCUGCUGCUUUGCUGUCAACGGAUUGUGAAUUACUUCUUCAGCAGUAUUUGUUUCACUGUGAAAUGCAAAGUUUUCCUGUCAGCCUGGAAGAAAUCUAACUGUCACUGCCAACAGAAUCCGACUGCUUGCUUUUCACCGGGUCAUUUGUCAAAUAUCCAGCUCAAAGAUUUUUGCAUGCAUGACUGAAAAAAUGGCUUUAAGUGGGAAUUGUAGGACUUACCCUCCUGUAAAGGAGCAGGGCUCGGUUCAGGCUUCUUUCCCUGACGUGGUGGAGCUGAAUGUGGGUGGCCAAGUUUACUUCACCCGCCAUACCACACUAAUAAGCAUUCCCAACUCGCUGCUGGGAAAGAUUUUUUCCCCAAAGAAGGAUAUGUCCAAUGACCUGGCAAGGGACACAAAGGGGCGCUACUUUAUAGACAGGGAUGGAUUUUUAUUUCGAUACAUAUUGGACUAUCUGAGAGAUAAGCAAGUUGUCCUUCCUGACCACUUUCCAGAAAAGGGGAGGCUGAAACGAGAAGCCGAAUAUUUCCAGUUACCUGAACUGGUCAAAAUCCUUACCCCCGAUGACCUUAAACAGAGUCCUGAUGAUCCAUUCCAUAGUGAUUUUGAGGAGGCCUCUCAGGCCAGUGAUCAAAGGGUAUGUCCACCUGCAUCUUUGGUACCCGCCGAUCGGAAGUAUGGCUUCAUUACCGUGGGUUACAGAGGUUCCUGUACCAUGGGUCGGGAAAGCCAAACUGAUGCCAAGUUCAGACGGGUACCACGGAUCUUGAUUUGUGGAAGGAUAUGCUUAGCUAAAGAGGUCUUUGGGGAUACAUUAAAUGAGAGCAGAGACCCAGACCGGCCUCCAGAGAGAUACACCUCGAGGUUUUAUCUAAAGUUUAAGCACCUAGAGAGGGCUUUCGAUAUGCUCUCUGAGUGUGGAUUCCAGAUGGUAGCCUGCAAUUCUUCAGUGACAGCAUCUUUUGUCAAUCAGUACACCGAUGACAAGAUCUGGUCCAGUUACACUGAAUAUGUCUUCUACCGUGGUCCUUCUCGAUGGAUAUCACCUCACUGUGACUGCUGCUGCAAGAACAACAAAGGAGACAGAGAAGGGGAGAGUGGCACCUCUUUCAAUGAGCUCUCGACCUCCAGCUCAGAGAGCCAGUCGGAGGCAAGCUCUCCGCAGGAGACCGUCAUCUGUGGCCCCGUCACCCGCCAGUCCAACAUACAGACUCUCGACCGGCCGCUCAAAAAGGGUCCCGUGCAGCAGCUACAGCAGUCUGAGCUUCGUCGAAAGAGUGACUUGCUGAGGACUCUCACCAGUAGCUCCCGAGAAUCCAACAUCUGUAAAAAGAAACCCAUGAAGGAAAAGCUGACCGUUGAGGAAGAGCUGGAGAAGUGUAUCGAAGAUUUCCGCAAAAUCAAGAUUCCAGACAGGUUUCCAGACAGAAAACACAUAUGGCAAUCCGAUCUUUUGAGGAAAUAUCACCUUUAAAAGAAAGAAAACAACAAAAAAUAAAGAAAAACAAGUAGAAAAGUAUGAUCGUAUAUUGACAUAUACUUAUGUCUAAAUGCUACUGCCUCAGCCAAGCUUAUAUUCAUAGUAACAUUUAUCCAUGGAUCUGGAAUGCUCACCGUGAAGUUACACUCACAGGGUAUCUUGUUACACAUGAAAGCACACUGGGUGGCAUUAAUAUCUUGGUUCAAUGAUCCAUGUGUAGCACUACAAAGCACAUUAGAUGUGUGCAAGUUUACAUGAGGCGUUCCUGAUUUCCUCGUUCUAUAGCUAAUUUGGUAUUGUUUGAGCAUUUCUUUUUUGUUCUUUUGUCCUUUUUCUCCUUCCUCCGUUGCAUGUUAAAAAAGAAAUAUCGGAAUAUAGAAGUGCCACAGUAAUAAUAAUAACAAUAUGUUUUAUUUAUCUAGGACUGAUUCACAUUACCAAGAAGUAAUUUUUUUCCAACUCACACCACUUUAUGAAACAAUAAGCAGACUAAUUAGCACAUCCAAGUGUUUUCUUAACCUGUUUAUUUUAAAUCUGGACUGUGGAGAGGCGGAGCCUAUUUUGGGAAAUGUCAGGUGCAAGGGAGGAGCUAAUGCCUGGGAGGGUGCCUGCCAGGUAAAACAUUCAAUGACAUUUUGAGAGCAGUCAUCCUCGCUUUUUUUGUUCUGUGUCAGCAGAGGUAGAAGCAGAUCUGUCUCCAAAUGCAUACCGUGUCCACAAUAAGUGCAACAGUCAAAGUGCUAUUUCUGCUUUCUAUACAACUAUUUUGGGUUUGAGAUGAAUACAACAGUGGCCACAUUCUAAAUUAUUAAAGUGCAGAAUUCCUCAGACACAAAAGGUGCUUUCAGUGCUUUCAUCUUCUUUUCAUCUCAGAGCUGAUUUGGUUGAGCAGACAGCGAAACUUCCCUAUUUUGACUCCAAUGUCUCAGUAGCCAAUUUUUGAAAAUACAGUUAGGAAAGAGGCAAAGUACUCUGUGCCACAUUCAGAAGCUUCCAUUUUCCAAAAACACAAUCAGAUGUUAAGGUUAUAAUGUAACAGAAUGCAAGAGACAAGGCAGAAUGAGAGUACCAACAUACAUCCCAGGUAGACACUGCAGAAGACUUUAUUGAGAUCUCAAAUCAAGAAGACCAACAGCAAUAUCAGAGAUGGAUUCAUCUUAUAAAUUUGCCAAUCAGUCAGGUAUCUCCCUGACUUGGAUGAAUUUUGAAUGUGGGGAACCAGCACCAAUCCACUUGACCAGUCCUAGUUUUGUGUUUACACAGAUUCUGUGCUGCAGAUGACGUGGUUCUUGUAUUUUAUGUUAGUUUAAUACCAAGGACCCCCAGUUGCAUAUCUGGCACACAGAUUACUGAUACAAGUGCAUUCCAAGGUGUUAAGAGGAGGAGGAAGAGGAGGAACGUCAAGCACACAUUCACAUCCAUAGCAUGUGGCAAUGCUGACUGCCCCUGAAGUUCAACCCUGACCUGAAAGAGCACCAUCCCAGUCAUUGCUAGAUAUGUUAUUCAGCCUCUUUUAAAUCCAAUAGCUGGCACCUUGUUACCUGUAGCACAUCCUACUCGGUAGUACAGGCCUCAGUCCCCUGACUACAUCCUGACAUCUCUCACUUGUUCAAUGUAUUCACUUAGUGAGCUGAAGGAAGGUGAUGCAUUUCACAUGAAGCAGGAAAAACCCUGGAGCUUGUUAGAGUGUCAGGGCGUUUUGUACAUUUUACUAUUAAAUGAGGUCAUUUUGGGUGAUUAAAAAUACACGGCACUGCCUCACAUUGUUAGGAUUAUAAUAUACAUUUAAGAGAGACGGCAGCAGUCAAAACGAUGGAGGCAUUACCACAAAAACUACUGACAGUGAAUUUCUGAGAGGACAUUCUUUAUAAAAUUCGUACACAACAUUGACCAAUCAUUUUGUUCAAUGGAAGAGAAUAAAAAAUGCAUCCUGAAGACUGAAGGCAAAUUCUGGUCCACAAAUGUUUAAUUAAUGCUAAAGUAAUUAUUUCCACUGCCUUUACAGCCUGAUACCAUGUGGACAGUGUCAACAGUGUUUUUCAUUAAUCCAAAAAGAUAUUAUUCAAAGCUGCCAGAGCAAAUCAGCAGCAGGAGGGAAGGGUUGCUAUUAGGGGGCUGCCAAAUGAUUUAAUUCUACUUUUUUUCUUCAAAACUGGUGCAACAAUCCAACUGUGAUUUUAACUAUGGUGUGAGUGGAAAAUCUGCUAAUUUUGGCAUUUGAACUGCCGUGGUCGAGCAUCUCCAAGUAGACGUAGACUCAAUCUGGACACUUAAGGAAGGAACACAUUUUAGAAGACAGUAUCUCCAUCACAUAAAACUACUGCCACUUACAAAUAGAUUUUAGACAAAUCUGCACAAAAUACCAGAAGUUCUGGCUUAGGUAAUUAGGUUUGGGAAGCUUCUUCACCUUUGAGUGUGACACUGUCUUGAGGACUUGAGGGCUUCAUGCAAUUUUUUCUUCAGGCUUCUUCGGCACAUACAGUGACUGGAGGCAACAUCACCACAACUAAUGAGCUAUUUAGCCAACUUCUACAAGCUGGUCUGUCUUAAAAAUAAUCUGAAUUUUAACUUAAUAAAAUGGCCUCCAGCUCUCCAAAUUAAGAGCUCAAGCAUCUCCCUGACUUCAUUGCUCACAUCACUGAACGACAACAUGAAAACACUGUGGCUGGCACAAUUACCUUGGCACAAGCUGUUAGUCAGCAGGUUUCCAGAACUUUUAAAUGUUGGUAUACAGCACAAUGAGCACAGAAGAGAUGGCGCUAUAUCUACGCAGUCUAUUUAGUCAGUUUCUGUAAUGUUAUCAAACUGAAAAAGCACAAAAGUGUCCGAAAAUGUUUCUCUAUUGUGUAUCAUUUCUCUUGAGGGUAAAGGAGACCAUUUCUCCAGUAGAAUGAAUGCCUUUAGAUACAGUGGUUGGAGUUAUCAAAAAGUCAUAAUAUUUAAGUACUAAGAAGAUGACAAAGAAUAAAGUUUGUAAUUUUAUCCGUACAAAAGAAAAACAAAAAAAUGAAAGAGUGCAUUUCUUAAGUGCUAUUAAACAUUAAAAUGUGUUGUCUUUUGAGAGAGUGUAAAUAUGAGUUUUUUGAGACUUUAUAGUAUUUUAUAUGUGUGGUUGUGUGGAUACAUUUCACUUAAGUUGUUAAAAAGUGAUUUGUUCUGUAAUCGCACGAUGAUGCACUGAUGUAUGUAAACACAACUGUAACUAUAUUAUAAAUAAGUGAGCAAGUAAAACUUAAAUUAAAAGAUAUAUAUAUAUACCAAA